AAUUCAUUAUAAAUGAAAUUGAUUGAAAAAAGUGUUUACUAUACUUAAUUAUCGUUAUUACCAGUUAAAAACUUUAUUUUUUUUGUUUCAAAUUUUAGUGAAUCGUAUCGCUAGUCCUUAUUUUUCAAUCGAUAUAUGAAUAAAUAAUGUUUCGACCUUGAAUAAACAAAAUAUAUUUAUCGGGUUGUGAGAAACUCAAUUAUCAACUAAAUUUUUAUUGAAAUCCGUAAAGGCGAUCGCUGAGUUUCGGUCGCGACGAGGUCUGUGAGAUAUUUUUAGAGAAAAGUGACGUUUAAUUGUGUGUGUGUGUGUGUGUGUGUUUAUGGUAAGUACCGCUUUGAAUACUUGCUUAUAUUCAACGAAAAAAAAUAUAAUUUUAUAGUUUCGCCAAUAGUAAUAUUGUGAGUUAUAAUUUUCUUGAUCAAUCCUUAAUAUAAUAAUGUCAAUGACAAAGUCAUAUUUUGAUAACGUUCAAAACGUUUUUUGAAACUAAUUUUCUAUCGAAAGAGACCUUAAAUCAAGAGGAUUUAUCAAGAAAAACUAAAAUCUGAGAUGACUACGAUUUCGUGACGGAUAUUUCCUGCGAAGGGAAGUCGAUUUGUUAGCUUAAACUUUAUAUUUGACAUAAGCCCACAGCAAAAAGUCCAUAGGUGUUAAAACUGGACUACGCGUAAGCCAACUUGUAUCACCUCUUCUGGAGAACAAUUUGCCUUGAAAAAUUUCACGAAUUCGUUUCAAAAUCUGUUGAACGUUUGUGAAAUUGCUCCGUCCUGCUGGAACCAUGUUCUUGUAUCAUAAUUAUUAAAGUUUUGCAGUUCGGGAACAAAGAAGUCGUCUAACAUCUGCACAUAACUACGUACGUCUCCUUUCAUUUUCAAAAAAGUAACGGCAUAUGAUUCAUCGCGUUGAUAUCGCAGCCCAUUUAGAUCUCUUUAAACCUUUGUAUUUUGGAUUGGUUGCACUUCAGGAGCGACUUGUUGACGUGUCCUUUAACAUGAAAACUAUGGCCCGAGGGCCACAUCCGGCCCGCGGACAGAUUUUGUCCGGCCCGCGGAGAGCUAGAAAACUCCUUUUAGAGAACAUAUUUUUUAUAGCAAAUUAAAUUUAGUAUACUGAAGUAUUUCAAUUAUUAAUAUGACAUCUACAUUGAUAUGGUCAUGGGCUAACUACUCAUAACAGUGUUGUAGGCUUAUUGUUAUUGUUUUUGUGAUAAGUUGGAUAAAGAAACACAGAAUUGUAGUAUGUAGUAAAGGCAUGUAUAAUAUGCAGAAAAUUUAACUUCAGUAUAUAAUAACUAACAAAUUAUUGAAAUGAAUCCAACUUACAUUUUAAAUAAAAACAUAACUAAUGAGAUUCAUGUAAUUGAGAUUUUCCACUGACAAUAGUUUGUAGUUGUGGACUAAUUUUACUUGUACCAAUUAUUAAGAGAUUCAAGAUGCUCAUUAGUUAAUUUAGAUUUAGAAAUAUAUUUUGUGUACUUCGUUUUGGAAAAGGUCUUCUCACACAAAUAAGUAGCAGGUACCAAAAACAAUAAAACAGCCCACUACCGAAUUUAUGCAAAUUAUCAAAUUGUGUCAGUGGAAGACUCUUAUAAAAUUCCAACAAAGAUGAGUUUUGAUAUUUGUUCUUAAUUAUAUCACUGCACUGUAGAUUAAUCAUUUCCAUUUGAAGUUCCAGGGCUAGGGUUUCAAUGUCAGUAUCAAAAGGGUUCUGGAAAAUCUUAAUUUGAUUCGGAAUGACAUCAAAGUCCGAGAAACGAGUAUCAAAAUUUAUUUUUAAAGCACUCAAAGUUUCGAUUGCAAAAUCGAUAGGAAACUCAGUCUCAGUGGUGUGGCUGAAUAUUUCACAUGUUUUAAAAUGAGAAAAACAUUUAUUUCGUAGUUGUGAUUGAAACAGUAUCAAUUUCUUUCGGAAUGAUUUAAUAUUAGUGUACAAAUCAGGAAGAUGCUGGUUUUCUCCUUGCAAUCUCAAAUUUAGUUCGUUCACAUGUUUUGUCAAAUCAACAUAGAAUGCCAACUUCCACAGCCAUGCGUUGUUUUGUAAUUCAGUAAGAGGGCGAUGCUUUUCAUUCAAAAAAAUUUCGAUCAUUGCUCGAAGUGCAAAAAAGCGCCGAAAGACUUUCCCACAACUAAGCCAACGUACGGCAGUAUGAUAAGGUAAGUCAUUUUCUCCAAUCUCUUCAAUAAAUUGUUGGAAUUGUUGGUGAUUCAGCCCAAAAGAUCUUAUGAAAUUAACAGUUGAUAUGACUGGUUUCAGAACUUCAGACAUAUCCAAACAUUUUCCGCACAAAAACUGUUGAUGAAUGCUACAAUGAAGACUAAUGGUUUUGAACCACCGUCAUUUUCUACAGCCUUUGACACAAGAACGACCACUCCUUUAUCUUUCCCACUCAUGUUUUUGCCUCCAUCAGUUGUAAUACAUUUCAAGUUUUUCCAUCGAAGGUUCUUUUGAUUAAUGGCCAUUUCAACUAGUUUAAAAAUAUCUGUACCCCAGUAGUUGUGUCAUGAAUUCUAUACACAUCAAGUUCUUCAUGUACUUCAUGGCUUUUAUCUACUCCUCGAAUAUAAAUCAAUAUUUGAGCAGUAUCCGACACAUCUGUUGACUCAUCCAAGACCAAAGAAAACCACUCAACAUGUCCAUUUUUAUCGAACAGUUGAGAGGAUAUAUUUUCAGCGAUGUUUUCUACCUUUGGAGCCACAGUGUUUGCUGACAUACUGACAAUUUAUAAUAAAUUUACCUUUUCAGGGCACAUUUCUUCGGCUACUGCAAUUAUGCAUUCUUUGAUCAUUUCUCCAUCGGUGAAUGGUUUUCCACAUUUUGCAAUUUCAAGAGCAACACGAAAGCUGGCGCGAGUUGCAGCAUCUUGUUCAGUUUUGAGUUUUGUAAAUGAAGAUUGCUGCGGUUUCAAUCGGCGCUUCAUCGCUUCGAAUUUUUCUGUCCGCAAACUUCCUGUAUAUUUUGAGUAAUUUUGAAAAAGUUUUAUUUCAUAAUGAAGUUUAAUGUUAAGAUUCUUUGAGAACAGCUAUGCUUUUAUUGCAAAUCAAACAUAGCGCCUUGUUACUGGACUCAAUUACGAAAUACUGAAUGUUCCACUGAUCUUUGAAUUUUCUGCAUUCAUUAUCAAUUUUUCGCUUCUUUUCCAUACUACUAAAUCACACACAAAAGCAACAAUUCAAAUCAAAAUACUGUUACAAAGAUGUCUUAAACUUAAACACGCAUAAACACGUUUUAAAGAGGUACGCGCCAUUUUAUUUCACAACAGUGUCAUAGGAACUGACUUGUGGUUACGCCACUAGCCUUCUUAUAUAUUCCAAUUAGUGCCAUCUAAAAGUGAGUGAAAAACACCAGAACUUUCUCGAACCGAGAUUAUUCUGUACGUGCUAUUAGCGCCAUCUGUUAGCGAUAGAAGGUACUGGCUCGUACUCUUUUGCGGACUUUAGUCCGAUUUGUAGCCUUUUUUAAACGUUGCGUACUUUGUCGGACUUUGGACUAUUUCACUUUUUACCACCGGCAACAAUGAUAAUAGUAAUCAGUAUGGCCCUAAGGCUGGAAAGUUUGGAGACCCCUGGAUUAGACCAGUUAGGCAGGUCACGAGUCUACGUUUCCAACCGUUCUAGAAGACGUUGGAUUUUAGUUUAUCUGUUAAAAGUCGAAUUUAGCAUUAGAACAGUCAUUUGGUGAGAGGUUUGUUUCAAGCCAGAUGUUUCCAUCCCUCUCUGCAAAGCCAAUCUUUCGAGCAGAAUGGGUUCUGGACUCAUCGGAGGAUUUGACGAUCCCAUUAUGGCGAGCGAGUCAGCUUCGUCGUUGCCCGACUGCCAGGACAUCCAAACGAACCGACCAUCACUCACCAAAUUUUGUAGGACUUUUAUGCACACAAUUUCUAGCCUAAAGCACAACCAUUCGGUCGUUAUGGCUUGUAUGGCAGUACUGCUAUCUGAGCAGAUCGGGGCUGGCUCAUGCACAAUGGUUAACAAUCCGUAACUUUUACAAGGACAACUUGUACAAUCGAGAGGUAGCGAAAAUAAAUUUUUCAAUCGAUCUUUCAAUAUUCCAUGUUGAACUCGAUAAAAUUUAUAGUUUAGUAGACUUUUAGAUCAUUGUAUAUGCCACGAUAACCAUUCGUCAUAAAGAAACAUUGUAAAGAAAAUUAGCAUCAAUUGUAAUUGUUUAUUGAAAAUACUUUCAGGAAAAAAGCGUUCCAAGAUGCGGCCUAAUGGCGUCACAUUUUAUUGUAUCGCUCAUUUCAUUACCGGUGUUGCAUACACCAAGCUUUUAAGAUAUCCCCCAAAAAUGAAUCCAUUGUAUUUAAAUCAGGGGAAUAUGGUGGCCAAAUGGACCUCCUCGACCAAUCCACCUAUCAGGAAAAAUGUUAUUAAGAUGAUUGUUUACAUCAUUUAGGAAAUGGGGAUGAACUCCAUUGUUCAUGAACCACAUGUCUCUGCGUAUUUCCCGAUAUCGAAAGAGCAAUAAAAGCAAUAGAAAUAAAAGAAAAGCAAUUUCAUUCCGCACUUUCACUUUCCUCAUCCUCUUCCAUUGGAGGUUAAUCAUUCUUUACAGGAUACAAAAAUUUUAUAUCUACAAUGAUUGCAUCGAAUAGAUCCACAUUUUUUCGCCGGACUCUUCGUCUCCAGAGAAAUUCACAAAGAUGCAGGUCCAAGUUACUUCUGAUUCCCCCCUCGAUAUUCUUCUUCUCAUAUGGCUCCUGCUGGAUUCAAUAUUUUGGGUGUAGGCCUCUGUUUCAGGGUCAACAAAGUGCUCUGAUGGUUGACUAUAAUGUGCUGGUAGACUUCACUUUCUAGCGCAAAAUAUCCUUUCCAGUAGUAAGUAUAAAUGAUAGUCCCGACUUUGACAUGCUUCUUUAUCAGCUCCAUCAAUGUUUCGACACUUCUAGAGUUAUCAGGACAUAUUUUCAAUCGGUAGCGGUCGCCGCCACGCUCGAUCAUCAAUUAACCGUCGACCAUGCGCCCUUUAUUGUAUUUUCUUCGUCCGAUUUUACAUUGAUCUAUUUUAACGACGCAACCAUCCACACCAAUUUGGCCUUCAUCUUCAUAUGCUCAACUUCGCGGGUAUAGUUGAAGACGUCGCUCACUAAUUCUGACAAAACUGUUGUUUCCAACAUUAAGGCCUCUUUAAUCGUCUGUUCAAAUGAAAAUCCGUGUGAAAAACAAUAGGUGAUGAUUAUUCUUUGACGGACGUUAGUGUGCAAUCGUUCGAACCAUGUUUCUUCUGCCGCCGAACCUUCUUGGUCGAACGAUCUGCACUUGAUUUUUCCGAAACAUAUGAGGUGGCCAAAAACAGUACCAUCAUCAUACCAUUUAGCAAACUGGUUGUGCUUGCUGCACUAUCUAUCGACUCGCACAAGACUAUUAUUAAUAGCCCAAAUUUUUGCUUGAGCCUCUGAUGGCAUAAUUGUUGCUAUUUUAAAAAGGUUCCAUCUUUUUGGAAGGGUCUGUGUCUGGGAUAAUGUUAUUUGUGAAUAAUAAGAGAGCCUAAAAACUUUGGAUUAUUUAAUAUCUACUUACAUUUUUGAAAGUAUUCCUUUCAAUUUCAAUUCAAAUAAUCAAAAUACAAAAAAUGUUUUUAACUUGCAAUGUUUUAUUAACCACUAAUUCAAUGAACGACCAAAAUGGAGGAUAUUUCUGCUUCCACUUACCUGUGCACGAAAUGAUUUUCGACCUUGCAAGCUCGCGGGAAUUUCAAAAAUAUCGACGUCGCCUGUAAAAUUUCAUUGGCGUUUUUCGGAAGUUCAGCCUGGAAAAUAUACUCAAAUAUCUAAAUAUGUAUGAUCAUCUGGCUGUGUGCAUCAAGGAAGUAGAAAAGUCGUACGGACCCCAUAAAAUUUUAAACAAGCUUUGUUUAAAUGUGGAAAGGGGGAGUAUAUAUGGUCUCCUCGGAUCCAGCGGUUGUGGUAAAACCACUUUACUGCGCUGUAUUACUGGAAGAAUCAAAAUCGACAGUGGUGAAAUAUACGUUUUAGGGGAAAAGCAACGAGAAAUACCUGGUGCAAUUCUAGGAUAUAUGCCUCAAAGUAUAUCCUUGAUAGCAGAGUUUACCGUGAAGGAUACUAUAUAUUUUUUUGGUAGAAUAUACGAUGUACCGGAAAACACAAUUAAAAAACGGUACCACGAAUUGGUACAGUUAUUAGAUCUUCCUACUGAUAAAAGAUAUAUCAAAAACUGUAGUGGUGGUGAACAGAGAAGGAUUUCUUUCGCUGCGAGUAUGGUACAUCAACCAAAAUUAUUGAUUUUGGACGAACCCACGGUUGGUACAGAUCCAAUACUGAGGGACAGAGUUUGGAAGUAUUUGCUAAAAAUUAGCCAGGAAGAUAAAACGACUAUUGUGAUUACCACUCACUAUAUAGAGGAAACUCGAGAGGCUAACAGGGUGGGGCUAAUGCGUGAAGGAACAAUAUUAACCGAAGAAAAUCCGGAAAAAUUGGUAACUAUGUACAACGCGAAUAGUUUAGAAGAAGUUUUUUUUAUUUUGAGCUCAAAACAAGAAAAAAAUUUGAUUAGAGUAGAAAAUCAAAACACUAAUUCCGAUAACGUAAAUUUGGGAUUCGAAUCAUCAGAGAUAAGUUUAAAUGAACUCACAGAUAAUACGAGGGACGUUUUUAUACCAUACGAGGAAAGAGAAUUAUCGAAUGAAACUAAGAAGACAAACCGUAUUUUUGCUUGGCGUAGAUUCAAAGCAUUGGUGGAUAAAAAUUAUAAAACACUGACUCGUAACUACGUGGCAAGCUUAUUUCCCAUGUUUAUAACAAUUGUACAAGUGUUAUUUUUCUUAGUGGCUGUGGGUAGAGACACGACAGAUAAUCCGUUUGGAAUUGUAAAUGCAGAACAAUCUGCCGAAUUCUGUGAAUUAUUUCCAAGAAAUGAAACUGCAGUACUAGACGACGAAUGGAAUUGUCAUAUUAAAAGUGUUAGUUGUUUAUUCGAAGAUUAUUUGAACAUACCUUCAAUUAAAAAGAUACAAUAUAAUUCUGUAGAAGAAGCAAUUGAAGAUCUAAAAGGUGGUAAAAUAAGAGGUUUCAUACAAAUAAAUUCAAAUAUAUCGCAACUGAUGGAAAAACGACUAUCACAUGGAAUAUCUUUAAACGACGUACCUAAUGAAGAAUUAGAGGUAUUUAUGGAUAUGACGUCUCUUCAUAUAGGAGGAGCAAUAAAAUCAAAAAUAUACGAUCUAAGCGAAAAAUUUCACGAAGAAAUUCACCGGCAUUGUAAAUAUCUUACAAAAAUUGUUAAACUCCCUUUAAGGGUAGAAGAAACGUACUUUGGAAGUUUAGACGACGAAUUCACUAUUUUUCUAACCCCAGGCAUAGUGACUACAAUGAUCUAUUUUAUGGGUUGCAUUAUGACUUGUAUUAUAAUCGUGGAAGAAAAAUGCGAAGGGAUUUGGGACAGGUCCAUUAUUGCUGGAGUAACGUCUCUGGAAUUGAGUAUGUCUCACCUUAUAUAUCAAAUCAUUUUUAUGAUUGUUAUGACGAUAGAAUUGAUGAUACUAGUUUUUUGUGUGUUCCGUCAACCUUAUGUAGGAUCAUUAUGGUUGAUUUUCGCCCUUAUUUAUCUGCAGGGAUUGGCCGGAAUUGUUCUAGGUUUUGGAAUUUCAGUUUUAAGUACCACCCAUUUAAUGGCAAAUGUAAUAGUUUCCGGUAUUUUCAAUCCCCUGGUAAUAUCAAGUGGUGUGAUGUGGCCCAUCGAAGCCAUAAACGAAUAUUUAUUAUGGAUAGUGAGGUUCUUGCCUUUGGCUCAGCCGACAACCGCUUUAAGAUACGUCAUCAAAAGGGGAUGGUCGUUAAAGAAUUUAGAAGUAAUCGAAGCUAUCGGUAUAUUAUUACUUUGGACAUUCAUUCUUUUAGUGAUGAGUAUAUUCACUAUGAAAAGAAGUAGAUGAAAAGGGAGAAAUAAAACGAAGUGUACGCAGUAAUCCAAAACUGAUUAUUCAAUUAAAUAGAUACAAAAAUAUAUUUAAAAACAUUUUGUAAAACUUACGAUUAUUACUUUUGAAGUAAUAGAUACAAAAUUUCAAAUA